AUGGAGUUACAGCAGUCCUUACAUGAGUAUGUUCUCUCCCCUCGUAAUGCUUACUUCUGGAAAAGAGUUCUUCACUCUGCCAUCUUCAACUUUCAGAGUCUACUGACCGUAAUCUUGCUGCUCAUAUGUACCUGUGCCUAUAUCAGAUCCUUGGCUCCCAGCUUACUGGACAAAAACAAAACUGGACUGCUGGGAAUAUUCUGGAAAUGCGCCAGGAUUGGUGAACGGAAGAGCCCCUACGUGGCAGUGUGCUGUGUCGUGAUGGCCUUCAGCAUUCUGUUUGUGCAGUAGCAACUGGAGAGUGUCCCCUACGCCCUACAACGAAACAGCAAAGCAUGGAAGAACUUCUGGCAACAAAAGAUGGGAAAGUGUCAUCAAGUGUCCUCUCACACAUUGGAUAGUCCAUCCCUUAGUGGACACCCCCCACCCCGCAAACGGACCAUCAUGUACAGUAUUAGUGAUCAUAAUGUAACUAACUCUGGGUGACGUGUACUUACUACUGACACUCCUGAUGUAACUCUUGAAAGGGUGUCUGUCUGUUGCGUAUCUGGUUUUCAGGGGAUCUUUUUUUUUUUUUUACACCUUGGAGUUGGAAAGGCUUUUAAUUUUUUGUUUGAUAAACCUAUUUAAUGAAACUUAAAAAUGGUAAAUCUAGCAAUAGCAAUAAGACCACUUGUACAAGAAUAAAAACCAUUGUGACUCUAGGAUAUGUUUACAAAAGUAUUUUCAGUUCUUACUGUCUGAACAAUUCCUGUCAUUUUGUAAUAGCUAUACUUGCAUACUAAAAAUAUGACCUCUGGCCUAAGUUACAAUCAGCUUUUGUUUUCUAAACUUGUAGUUGCUCAAAUAAUCUAUCAAUAUUUUUAUUGUUAAGGUAUGAAUAAAGGCAGGGACCAUAACUGUAGUGCUGUCAACUUGCUCCUGAGAAGGCACAGGUGUGGGAUUGGAGAACCUGGACUACUCUGUGUAAAAUAUGAUAUGUAUUCAUUUUUAGAUACCUAGGUCUCAGGUAAAUCAUUCCCCAACUUUUUUCAGUAUCGUGACAAAAAGAUUCUAAAGGCUUUGCUGCUGCUGUUGCAUAUAAUACAAGGUUGCUAAAUCAGCGAAGUGAACACUUAGGUUCUUAGGAGGCUGCAGAUAAGGAAGUUGCAUGUCCCAAUAUUCUAAAGGUUAAAGAAAACAACUAAAUUAGUUUACACUCACUAUUAAUACAGACUAGAUUACCUUUAUUAAUACUUGCCAUUAGCUUUUAUUCUAUAAUUUUUGCAAACUUUUAGUAAUCUAGUAACUUAUUUUAAUAGUGCCUGACAGGUGUGUUUACAUCAGACAACUGUAUGACUUCAUAUUGACUGCAUUUGAGUUGUCUGUCAGCAGUAUUUUUUGUUUUUCUGAAAGCGUGUGAUCAGAAUGAGCUAAGAUGGCAAUAAAACACACUGAAAGGUACAUAGCAGUUGUCAUUCUUGUUUGAAAACCUUUUUUCAAAGACCCAAAUUACGCUGCAAUUAGAAAGAUAAGUGAUUAUUAGUUAUUACCUCUGUAUUGUCUCACAUAUACCUGCAUAUCUAAAUCACCAUCAGAAGUACUUGUCCAAAACUCUUUUCUAAUCUGGAGCCAGAAAAAAUAGAUUUCUCCAAUUUAGGCCAGAUAAAUACUCCUGGCUGUAAACCAGGCAGGUUCAGAGGAGUAGAGAGCUGUAUGAUGGUGACCAUACUGUGCACACAUACAAGCCUUAAACUGUGCAGGAGAUCUGGGGAGAGGCUAAAGCUAUUUCAGUAACUUUAAAUGUGGAUACUGCUCCAAACAUAGCAUCAAAGCAAGUAAUUUCUGGAUUUCAAAGCUGCCAUUCCUAGACUGGGGGGAGGGAAAUUCCUAAGGAGUCUUGGUUUUUGACUGUCAGGUGUGUACAUGUUCAAAAUAUGCAAAGAAUCAUCUGAUACCUCUUUAUAUUAAGUAAUUAUAUUCUACAUUUUAAUAUUUGUAGGACUUUAUUAUAAAUAAUGGUAUUUGUAUGAUAUUCACACAUUUUCAAUCUAUAUAAAGUUGUCCUAGUCAUCAGAUUAAUUCAUAAUAAUCUUUUAUGUUUAGCUGUGACUAGGAAUACCAGUGAAACAAACCAAGGAAUUUUUUAAUUCUGAGAAUCAAAAAACUGUUGACAUGAAGGCAUUGUAUUGCAAAAGUCUUCCCUGUUCACAGCGUUUUAUCAUUGAAGUUCAGACAAACAGGCCUCUUCCUACUUGUCAUUUAUUGUUCAAGCCUUAAAAUGAUUUCCUAUACAGCAGUCCUUCAUUUUGUCCUAAAUGCAGGUAGUUGAUGGAUAUAGUCCCAAAGUAGGAUGUUCAUUUUCCACUUUAAAUGGUGUUUACAGGGUAUUUGUGGCCUACUAGCUGUGUGAUUGCUCGUCAGUGCUACUCUUUUUGCACAUUAAAUAACACAUUUCCCAGCUUCUGCUGACAAUACCCAAGUUAAGCAGCACUAGGUUGUAUGCAAGCAUUAGAAAUUAUCGCAGGCAGGAAUAAGUGUCAUCUAUAGUGGGGGCUGCUCAGCACUUGCCUCUAGUAAAAGUAUCUGAAAACAGGGUCUUUGAACUGUGACAAACUUCAGUUGUUUUGAAAUGACUGCUUUAGGCAGGUGUUUGCCUCAGGAUGAGUUCUUUGUUUUUCAAAAUUUUGGCUUUGAAGAGGUUGAUACCUCAUGUCUUUUACUACAAUACAAAGAAAAUACCGUUUUCCCCUGUUAGAAUCUUAAAGCCAUUUUUGCUUUCUUUGCUUUUGUUUUCUCAUGUAAAAGAGACAUGAGGAACCAAGAAUACCUUGGUGUUUGACCAAGGUAUAAAUGCUGCGAGAAGGAAGGGGAGAGUGUAACUUUGGGCGCAGACACUUGGUAAAGCUUUACUACGAGUCUCUCAGGUGGAACUGUGUCAUUUUCAAAGACUGUAAGUUCCAGUAGAGCUCUAUUGGAAGAAGGGUCAGGGAAAAUAGUCUUUUCUUGCACUAGGUCUUUGUGCUGAGUCCUAGACUGAGUAGAGAAAUGAAGUGCAUAUUACCAAAUGAUUUAGGUGCUGAACUAGCCCAAAAUGGCAGAUGCACAAUUGUGGGAUUUGACAUAAGUUGACAGAGAAGAUAAUGGCUAUCACAAGUGGCUGAGAAGACCACAGCAGGAGUUUCUGGCUGAAAUACAGGAGCUUACAACCAUAGCAAGUCUGUACACUUAUCCUAUGUAGAGGUGCUGGAAGGUGCACAGGGAGUGAAUGGAAUAGCGAUUAAAUAUGACUUAUGCUAUAGUUGUGCAUCCUACUGUAGAAAAGUACUUCCUCCUUGAGGCUUCAUCCUUUUAUCUGAACAACGUCAUGGAUGGCACUUCUAACAUCUGGCAAGCUCCCCCAUCUGUACUUGUUGCACACGUUGCAUGAACGUUGAGGGUGGUGUAGGCUGUGGUUUUAAGUGCAGCUUGGAGGAGAGGUCCCAUCUGUUUUUCUCAAUUAAUGAGAGAACAAUGAGAAUGCAGGAUUAUAGAUGAGCAUUUCCCAGUAAGACAGAAUACCUUGGAUCAAGAUAAUGCAACUCAAAAAAUAUCAGGUGUUCUCCCUUCUAAGAGCUGCACAAGCAGGAGGAACAGGUACAGGCCCUACACCUUGUGUUUGGCACAUGAUGGAAGCGUGCUCUCUGCAGCAUUUUACAUUUGUCAUUGCAUAUUGACAUACCUUACCUGUCUGGUGGAUUGACAGAAUUACAGU